AUGUUAGUGGCAGUGAGUGGAACAGAACUUGGAGGCAAAAAGGAAAUCAUCGAUCUCGUGAUCAAGAAUCACGAGUUCAAGAAGGUCGAUACUGAGGCAUUGGGGUCUCAUGAGGAAACAUUGGAUUACGUGACGAGAAAUUUCAAAGAUGAUCAUGUUAUGGAAUUGAACUCAUUGGAGUUGCUUAACACGUUGGAGAAGAGACCCUUCUUUGUGCAUUUCUCGGUAGAUUCAUCUGCAUCUUUAAAAGUGAAGAGAUGGGAGCAAGUCCAUCAGGAAAAUAUCGAUACCAUUGACGAUUUGUUCUUGAAACUAGAUAAAGUGGAUUUCCAAGCAGAUGCGAUACAAUUGAGAGAGAAGGCAAACAUUAAAUUAAAAAUCAUGGGUGCAGAUCUCGAAUUGUCAAAUAAAAGGUUGGAGAAGGCUCUUGAACAAUUGUUGGAAUCUUUGCAAAUAAAGAAAAAUCCAUUCGAAAAUGUUCCACCUUUGAGACCAGAUUGGGAUACUUAUUUUAUGAAAUUGGCCACAUUGGCUGCCUCUCGUUCUAACUGUAUGAAAAGAAAAGUUGGAUGUGUCAUUGUAAGGGAUCAUAGAGUCAUUGCUACAGGUUACAAUGGAACCCCACGUCACUUGACAAAUUGUUUUAAUGGUGGUUGUAGACGUUGUAAUAAUGGUGAUUCUAAAAAUUUAAGUACAUGUCUCUGUCUGCAUGCUGAAGAAAAUGCUCUAUUGGAGGCCGGUAGAGAUCGUGUUGGUGUAAAGGCAACACUAUAUUGUGAUACUUGUCCUUGUUUGACAUGUUCAGUAAAGAUUGUACAAACGGGUAUUAAAGAAGUCGUUUACAGUCAAACUUACCGAAUGGAUGAAGAAAGUUUUAAAGUUCUAACAUCUGCCGGUAUUAACGUCAGACAAUUUAACUUCACUCCGGAACCAAGAAUCGUCAUUGUCUAA